GUGCAUCAAGCUUACACCCAAGUGGCCAAAAGUCGAUCUAACACUCCCCACUUGUUCUCCAGAAAUAGCAUUCUCCUCUCCUCUACCUUUGAAAUCAUCUACUUCACUAUAAUUAUACUGAGAAUCGCUGUUGAUUACUUCACCGGCGGUGGCUUCACAUGGAAGAUGCUGCCUUCAAUUUCUUCUAGUGUGCGCCGUCCUUGUUGCUUAUCGUGCACCUCUUGCCUCACCUCCUGACCUCCUACAGCCCGUCGCUACUUCUGCUACCGGAAAUUUCGUCAGUUUUGGUAAGAUCAACAGCUCUGAACCAGUGAUUGACGGUAAAAUUAUGUCGAAAGCUCGUGUUUACACCGAUGUCAAUGUGCUUCGCCCGAGGGAAUAUUGGGAUUAUGAAGCCCUUACUGUUCAAUGGGGUGAUCAGGAUGACUAUGAGGUUGUUCGGAAAGUUGGAAGAGGAAAAUAUAGUGAAGUUUUUGAAGGUAUAAAUGUUAACAGCAACGAAAAGUGCAUAAUCAAGAUCCUGAAACCUGUCAAGAAGAAAAAGAUCAAGAGAGAGAUCAAAAUCUUGCAGAACCUCUGUGGCGGACCAAACAUUGUCAAACUCCUUGAUAUUGUCAGAGAUCAGCACUCAAAAACUCCAAGCUUAAUUUUUGAGUAUGUGAACAGUACAGAUUUCAAAGUACUGUACCCUACAUUAACAGAUUAUGACAUCCGGUACUACAUAUAUGAGCUUCUCAAGGCACUAGACUAUUGUCAUUCACAGGGAAUAAUGCAUAGAGAUGUCAAGCCACAUAAUGUUAUGAUAGACCAUGAAUUGCGGAAGCUUCGCUUGAUAGACUGGGGUCUUGCUGAAUUUUACCAUCCAGGAAAGGAAUAUAAUGUUCGUGUGGCUUCAAGAUACUUCAAGGGCCCGGAACUUCUUGUUGACUUGCAAGACUAUGACUAUUCUUUGGACAUGUGGAGUCUUGGAUGCAUGUUUGCAGGAAUGAUUUUCCGGAAGGAACCUUUCUUCUAUGGUCAUGAUAACCAGGAUCAGCUUGUCAAAAUUGCUAAGGUACUUGGAACUGAUGAGUUGAAUGCAUAUCUGCACAAGUAUCAACUAGAACUUGAUCCUCAGCUGGAGGCUAUGGUUGGGAGACACAGUAGGAAGCCAUGGUCCAAAUUUAUAAAUGCAGAUAAUCAGCAUUUAGUGUCGCCAGAGGCUAUAGAUUUUCUUGACAAGCUUCUCCGUUAUGACCAUCAGGAUAGACUUACAGCAAGAGAAGCAAUGGCCCAUCCUUAUUUCCUGCAAGUGAGGGCUGCAGAGAAUAGCAGGAUGAGGACGCAGUAGCCAGUUGUAUUGGUCUUACUGGGAAAGAAGAAAAUAUGGUGUAAUGUAGCAUACAUUGCUCUCUUCAUCUAUUUGGAUUAAAGUACAGGAUAAGUUGAACUUAAGAGGGCAGAAUUUCAUCAUGGAGCAUUUCAUGAGCAAUUGGUUUCAUAAAUCUACCUCUCAUGACCUUGUUGACGAUUGCCUAUGUUCCCCCUGCCGAUUAUGAAUUCUCUUCAUUAGUCUUCAUAUUUUUGUAUCCAAAGCCAUCUUCCAUGUGGAGUGUAUUGUUUGAGAAUUGCAAUUUACUGAAGCUUUUUACUGAGAAACUUUGCCAAGUUGACGUUGUGGCACAUACUGGUAGAGUGCAUUGCUUCAUCAUUCAGCCAGCUUGUUUGUGUACUUUAUUACUUGAUAUAUAAGCUCUCUUUUUUGUUCU